UUGUUAGUCAUAUACUAAAAUGAAAUAUAUUACAUUGUCCAAAUUUGUUAAUCUAAAAAAAACGUACAUAUUUAGUAAUAACAAUGUUCGGAAGAAAUAAACUUUCGUCAUUUUAAGAUGGUAUACAUUUCAUUGUAAAAUACUGACUAAAUUACGUAUUUAGAUAUUAUCAUAGGUGUUGAUUAGAGGAUAAACAAUUAUCUAAUACUAACACUUUGGUGUAUAUAACAUCGGAAUCACUCUUCUGCUGCUGAGGCCAACGACAAUCAUUAAUAAUAUAAGACACCCUGAAAAUCCGAAGAUAAAGAUGAUUGGUAUCACUAUGAUAACGCUUCUUUUAGAAGGCCAGUCUUUAGCAAAUAUUUGUACAAGGGGAGAGACAAAUUACACAACUUCACAAUACCGUGCGAAUCACAAAAUAAUGUCUUCGAGAGUACCUUACAGGACUUGCUAUUUCAGUGGUUUUAUAUGUUCGACAAAAUAUAAAAUAGUCACGAGGUUAAUAACUGUGCGAGCUAAUUAUAUGGUUGUCAGAUGCUGCCCUGGUACUGUUAAUGAUGAAUGUAAGCCAGGUUGUGAAGAAGACAUGACUGGUUCUAACUGCACCCAUAACUGUAACUGGUGUCCGGCACAUUGUGACAUGGGAACAGGUUCCUGCUUUUGUGAGCCAGGAUACUUUGGUUACAAUUGUACGAAAGAAUGUUCAAGAGGUUUUUAUGGUGUAAAUUGCGAACAAAAGUGUGGAUGUAGUAAUAACAGCACGUGCAAUGCCGUUGACGGAUCUUGUAACUGCACGUCAGGUUGGCACGGAACGUUUUGUGAUAACGAUUGUUUGCAUGGUACAUACGGACCAAACUGCAAGUGGCCUUGUAAUUGUAAUAACAGUAUACACGACUCCUGCAAUCGUUAUACUGGUCAGUGUGCCUGCAAGUCCGGGUGGACCGGACGGACAUGUGACAAAGCUAACCUAGAUAACGGAGAAAGAGGAGAUACAAUGAGUACCACAGCUAAACCAGAUUAUGGAGAAACAGGCUAUACAAUGAGGACAACAGCUGACAAUGAUUAUCGAGAACAAGGCAAUACUAGGAGUACAACAGGCAAAAAUGAAAACUGUGUUGGAGAUGUAGCAAUUAUUGGGUCGGUUAUUGGUGCAUUAGCUAUUGGGCUUAUCAUCGGGGCAAUUUGUGUCUGGUUUAUUCUAAGCAGAAAAGGAAUGGCAAAAGACUCAAGGAAGCAAAAUCAACCUCAGCCAAAAGUGACUCAAGAAACAGAAUUUACAGAACCGCCAUUAACAUCGAACAAUUACGAACAACUUCAGAACAGAACGGAUACUGAAAAUAGAGAUACAUAUGAGUCCUUGGAUGCAAACGCCAGCUCCGUACCAAAAAGCCAACCUCAGUAUGAGAGUCUGGAGCAUGGAGCAGAUACAUCUCACACUUAUACAGAUCUUAAGCACAGCCGAUAAAACGUGUUGUAGAUUUGAGAUAUCUGCCUCGAAGGGUUCGACACAUGUCGUCCAAUAUUUAAGAGGUCAAGACAAAUGCACUAUACAUAACCAACCUUGACGUGCCUCUGACACAAUUUUAUGGGUUUUGCGUGAUUUGCUAAUUUAUUAUUGUAAAGGCAUACCCUAAGAAACACUAAUGAGGCUUCAUACAUUUAUCUUAUUCUCGUGCACUGGCAACUUCAGGUUUAAAUGGUUAUUCUUCAAGAUUUAUCCACUUAUCGUAGUUUUCCUUCCAUUAUUUUAAACUAUAUCAAAUUGAAUUUAACAUUUAUUUUUUAUGCUAAAGCAAGUGCAUUUAUUUUGAGUUACUUUUUAUAAUUAUUACUUCACUUUUAGCUAAGAAUCAAAGAUAAAUAACUGUUUCCGUG